UUUUAACCAAUUGUACGGUUUCUCAAAUUACAAAAAAAGUGCUCUGCUCUAAACCUCAUGAUGGGACGACACAAACAAAUCGAAUCUAUCCUGUUACAGGAAUUCACAUCGAACGAGGAACGGUCAGAAAGGUCUAUGCAAAUCCUUAAUCACCAACGGUCUACUAUUUAUAACUUACAGCAGGAACUAGAACAACAGAAAAAAAUCUCUUCCAAUUGCAAUCAUGAUUUUGAUAUUUUUAAAGAAAAUCACCUCAUUCAACAGCAAGUUCUGAAUUUGAAAUCAACAUUGCAAAAAUUAAAAGAAGCACAAAAACAAAUUCUUAGCAAGGAUACUUGCAAUAUUAAUCAGAACCUUAACCAAAUAUCGCCGACACAACUUAAUCCUAAAUUGCAGCAUGAAAGUCGUCCACAUGCAGAGUUUACGACGCCCUCCUUGGACGCAAGAGAUUAUAUUUUGGAAAGUUUGGAAACCAGUAAACAUUUAACACGGAAAAUGGAGAUACUUGAGCAAAAAAUUGCAUGGCUUAAGAAAGAACGCGACCAAUUCUUUUCACAUAUGAAAGACGGGCUGAAAUGGCGUCGAAAAAUCGAAUUGCAGCUAUUUGACCUCAAGUCAGGAUUCGUCAAUGAAGAAGAUGGAAAUACGAACGGCAAUACAAUAAAUACCGAAUUUGGCGACAUGAUUUCAAGAAGGUCACGGAAUGUUUGGAGAACAGCUCGACAAUUUUUUACAGCGGAAGAAUCUCAAUUUUUUCUCGCCUCCACAAAAGUGAAUGACUAAUCUGAAGUAAAUUUCAGUAAACUUGGUGUUUUAUAAGCACAAAUUAAAUAUUGCUAAAUACUA